CCAAAAGCGUGAGACCAGCAUCCAAAAGCCCCUGGACUUCUAUGAAGGAAUGCGUUCCUAUGUAGAAGGCUUCGGACAGCUGGGCUUUGAAUUCUGGUGGGGUCUGGAUAACAUGUAUCAGCUGACCAAUCCAAAGAAGAACAGCCGCAAGUAUGAACUACGUGUAGAUCUCAAAGACUUCAACGGCCAUUCUGGGUUUGGAGUCUUUACUGAUUUCUCCAUUAGCAGUGCCAGUGACGGAUACAAACUGUACCUUGGGGGGCUCAAAGAGGGAAAUAUUGGUGACUCCUUCAUUGGUUCCAGAAACAUGACCUUCAGCACCAGAGAUCGCGACCACAACAAAAUGGCUACCAAACAUCACGGUGGAUGGUGGUACAGCAACGACAGCCGUUCCAACCUCAAUGGGAACGGGAUGCGCCAUGGCCCCUACUACUCGAUUGUCCCUGACGGUGUCUACUGGAAGUCAUUCCGCGGGGUAUAUUAUUCCUUGGAAGCCACAAAAAUGGCUGUCAGACCCAUGCAUAUGCCAAAGACCACCUCCUCCACCAAGAGAACAACAAAGAGCACGACAACUUCUACAACAAAAAGUACUACGACUUCGACGACCAAAACAACAACCAAGACGACAACGACCACUCCCAAGUCAACUUCGACCACUCACAAGAUGCCAACAACAACUCGCAAACACGAUGAUAGUGGUGCCCAUGGAUUCCUUCCAUUUGAUUACUAA